CUCACCUCUGAUUAUUUCUACUGAAAUAGAUGGGUGAUCUUACACAAACAACAAACAGAACAUAAUUAAUUGGACAGAAACUCGAUCAUGAUUCUAAAAUAAGAUUAUCGGAACGGAGGAUCCACAUUCGAAUGUCAAGCUAUUUAUACAGUUGGAAAGUUCGAGUGUCCGUCAAUUACUGGUAUCGAUUUUUGUGUUAGGGGUGGGCCAAAAAAUUAAGAAAUUUCCAUUGAUUUUCCUUACUUUAAGUACGUGAGGGAAUAAAAACAGGAGGUUCAAAUGGGGCACAUAUAAAAUCAUAUUUUAUUACAGAUAAUGGUGAGAAACGUUGCGUGCGCGAGUUCUGCUCGCAAUUGACCGGUUCAUAUUAUUUUAAAAUUUUGCUAUGUUCAAAACCGAAACAAAAAUCUUAUGCGUAUCAUGGCCAAUACUCAAUACUUUAUUGCUUCCAUAAUGUAGUUACAGGUAGUAAUUUUAGGUAUAAUUACCCAUAUACGCAUAUACCUCAAACAUGAAAAAAAUAGGUCUUCAUUAGAGACAACCAUACUGUAAUUGUUACAGGAAGUGGUGAGUGCCGAAGUCUAUAAAAACAUUUGGCACAGUCUGAUGCAUCUCAGUAGCUCUCUUUGUUUACUGCUGCCCUCACGUCACGCCGCAGAGCGCCACAAUGGAUUUUCCUAGAAUCUGUCCAGCUCGUUGGUUCUCAGAUCCGGAUUUUGGCAUGUGUAUGCCACGCGAGUUUAUGUAUCCAUUUUACGACAUCCAAUCAAGUUAUUACCGGCCAUGGAAAAGGUCUAACCAGAACAUAUCAAAAGAAUUCGGUUCCACUAUAGAAAAUGACAAAGGUAACUAUAAAAUCACAUUGGAUGUUCAACAUUUUCGUCCAAACGACAUCAGUGUUAAAGUGUCCGAAAAAGAGAUUAUUAUAGAAGGAAAACACGAAGAGAGACCGGACGCACACGGAUUUGUCUCAAGACAAUUUAUGAGGAGAUAUCCACUGCCAAGUCACUGCCCAGCUGAUAAUGUCACUUCGUCAUUGUCGUCGGAUGGUAUCUUGACUAUUAUUGCGUUGAAACAAACAACUAUCGCCGAGAAAAUAGUACCGAUUAAGAUGUGUGGCGUAUGUCCCAAAAAUACCAUCGUAGAAACCAAAAUUGCUGCAGAGGCUUCUCAAAAAUCAUUAAAGGAAAAUUUUAAAGAAACGGAAGACAUCACUAGUAAAAAUAAAUCUCAGAUAAUGUUAAAAGAAGAACACAGUCGUUUACUGAAACCAGAACUUCUUGGGGAGGCCAUCUCAGAAACGAAUGGGGAGAAGCCAGCUUCUAAGCAAGUUAUUCAAAUGGAUAUGUCUGAAAAGAAAAGUGCAGUGAAUAUGGGUGCUACAACAAAUAUGAUAGAGGAAACCCUGGCAAAAUACAGCUUGGGACUGGCUGAAUGUACUGAACAAUUACUAGGGCAAGUUAUUGACAGGGAAAUGUCUGAAAAGAAAGGGGCAGUAAAUAUGGGGGCUACUUUAAAUAAAAUUGAGGAAAUCGAUGCAAAAUCUAGUUCAGGCCUGGCUGAAUCCAAAGGUAACCAAUUAUUAGAAAAAGUCAUUGACAUAGAAAAGUCUGAACAAAAAAGUACUUCAAAUUUGGGAUCUACGUCAAGCAAGACUGAGGAAUCUAUUGCAAAAUCAAGUUUGGGAUUAGCCGAAUCUAAAGAGCAUAAACAAAAGGCAUCAACUUCAGAAAUGUGUUCUAUGAAAGGCAUGUCUCAUACAAGAAUUGAAGAAAGUUCCUCAUCAUAUAAGUCUUCAUCUACAUCUAUGUCUUCAACUAUAAAAUCAAGUGGAAAAUUGGGAGAGUGUUUGAGCGACAUCAUUAGCGCAGAGUUGAGGGAAGCUGCCGAAAAUGUAUAAAAAUUGAUCAUAAUUUACAAUUGUUUAUUACUCUUAAUUAUA